UUUGUAACACCACCACCCACCACCACCACCACCACCGCCGCCUCCUCCGUCGCCUCUUCAAUUUCCAAAACCCAAUGUCAAUCAUAAGAUCUCAUCCUGUGAAAGCCCUAAUUUUAUUAUACACAGAGAGCCCGUAUUAACACAAUUCCAUGGCUGCCGCUUCCUCAUCUCCUCCCGAUGGAGCACCACCACCACCGGAGCACGAACCCUCCACACGAGAACCCCCUCAAACCUCACCGCACUCCACUGUUACACCUAAGAAAACUGCUCCUCUGCCAUGGACUCACAUGGAGACUGUACACCUCAUCGAAGCAUACCAGGAGAAAUGGUACUCUCUGAAGAGAGGCCAGCUUAAGGCCAGCCAAUGGGAAGAAGUCUCUAACUCUGUCUCUGUUCGGUGCGGCUACGACGAACCCUCGAAGACCGCUACUCAGUGCCGCCACAAGAUGGAGAAGCUUCGCAAACGCUACCGCUCAGAGAAACAGCUUUUGUCUCCCUCUGCUUGGCCUUUCUUCAACUACAUGGAUCGUAUGGAACGCGGGCCUUUCCCCGUCGCUGCGCGUCCCAUCUCCUCUUCCGUUGAUUAUCUGCAUCGAAACAGAGAAGAUGACAAUGAAGACGAUGAUGAUGACGGUGAUGAAGACGCUAAUAAAUCUCGAAGCAUCAAUCACAUUCUUCGAAGACCACCAAUGGCAUCACGGUAUCCUCCCCCGCAGUGGAGUAUUGGGGCUGGAGUUGGAUUUGGAGUAGAAGGGCCUCCUGGGGUUUCUAGGUUUUUGAGGAAUCCGAUGUUUCGCAAGAGAAAGUCGUUCGAGAUGGAUGAGGUGGAGGAAGAGGGAGUUGAUCCGAUAUCGGAAUUGGCUUCGGUAGUUAGAGCAUUUGGGGAAGGGUUUGUUCAGAUAGAGAAUAUGAAGAUGGAGAUGAUGAAGGAGAUUGAGAGGUAUAGAAUGGAGAUGGAGACCAAGAGGACGGAGAUGAUUCUCGAAUCCCAAAGCCGCAUCAUCGACGCCAUUGCCAAAUCCCUUGGCUCUCAUAAGUCCAAGAAAACCCAGGAGAUUUGAAGGUUCAAGUUUCAACUUCCCCCCUCCCCCCUCUUCUCUCUCUCUCUCUCUCUCUCAAACAUUUCACAGUUCAAUUUUCGCUACCUUUCUCCCAUCCCCCCUUUUUCUUUUUCCCUUUUAUAUCUCUUAGAUUAGAUUUUCCCUCUUUUUGUUGUUUUUUUCCUAAUAAAGAAUUGCUCCGGGUAUAUUGUAUAUACACAUUUUUGUAUAGUUGAGGAUGCUCUGUGGAUGCUUUAGAAGUGCAAUAAAAUAGUUUCUUGGUUCA